CUCUCCCAGCAGCCCCGGAGGCUUUCCUGGCCGCUCACAGGCAGGCGGUGGAAAGGAAGAGCCGCAGCAGCUCCUGCCCUGGGGCUGGAUCAGCGGCCGCGGGCCAAGGAUAUGAUGGAGCUCCUAGAGGAAGAUCUCACCUGUCCCAUUUGCUGUAGCCUGUUUGAUGAUCCUCGUGUCCUGCCCUGUUCACACAAUUUCUGCAGAAAGUGUCUGGAAGGAAUUCUUGAGGGAAAUGUGCGGAAUGUGCUUUGGAGGCCAUCCCCUUUCAAGUGCCCCACAUGCAGGAAGGAGACUCCUGUUACUGGAGUCAACAGCUUGCAGGUCAACUAUUCCCUGAAAGGUAUUGUGGAGAAGUACAACAAAAUCAAAGUAACUCCAAAAAUGCCUGUGUGCAAAGUGCACAGUGGGCAACCCCUUAACAUUUUUUGCCAGACAGACAUGCAGCUGAUCUGUGGGGUUUGUGCCACCCGUGGUGACCACACAAAGCAUGUUUUCUGUUCCAUUGAAGAAGCUUAUUCCCAGGAGAAGCGGGCUUUUGAAACCUUGUUUCAGGGCUUUGAAACUUGGCGUUGUGGAGAUGCCCUCUCACGGCUGGAUACCUUAGAGACCAGUAAGAGGAAAGCUCUGCAGAUGCUGACGAAAGAUUCUGACAGAGUGAAGGAGUUCUUUGAGAAGCUGCAGCACACGCUGGAGCAGAAGCGAAAUGAGAUUCUCUCUGACUUUGAGACCAUGAAGCUUGCAGUGAUGCAGGCCUACGAUCCAGAAAUCAAUAAACUGAACACGAUUCUGCAGGAGCAGCGGAUGGCUUUUAACAUAGCAGAGGCCUUCAAAGAUGUGUCCGAACCCAUUAUAUUUCUGCAGCAGAUGCAGGAGUUCAGGGAAAAAAUCAAGGUGCUCAAAGAAACCCCUUUACCUUGUUCCACUGUGGACAUCAGUCCCACAAUGAAGAGCUUUGAUACAAGCCAGUGGAAUGGAAUAAAACUAGUUGAUGUGGACAAACUUUCCUUGCCUCAGGAAAACAACACUUUCAAAUUCAAGAUUCCCUCAGUCUUUUCACGCAGAUUUAUAGUGAACUCUCUUAUUUUCUUGCUCAUUCUUGCUGUUACCAGAAUAUCCUUUGUGGAGUCAGUCAUUGACAAUCUCCAGUGCUGGAAAUCUCAGUUCCUUACAAUUAGCUUGUCCUAUUUGGCAGAUACCGUGGAGAUAGCAGAUCAUGCAGUCUUUUACUGGGAACAGAUGACAGAUGGAGCCUCACUUCUAAGAGAAAAGUGUAAAAACUAUACAUUGGUUGUACUGGAUAAUGUCGCACAGUUUGUGUGUAAAUAUAAACUGUUGUGAAGUGUCUGCUGGAAUAUAAGAACUAAGAGAGAUCUGGGGAAGAAAACAUGGAACUUCUUAAAUUAAUUGGUCUUUUCAGACAUCCAGUGAAAACAUUCAAAGAUUCAAAAUGAUUCCAAAACACUCAUAAUGUUCACAUAGUUUGAGUGCUGCUAAACCAGAAGAUGAAAUGGAGCUUUGAAAAACACUUUGUGGAUUCUUCUUUCAGUGGUGAUUUUGGGAAUAUUACUUACUGUAAAUCAUCUUUCUUACCAAAAUAUAGGGCAAAACUGUGUACUUAGUUUGAUGUUAAUGUAACUGUAGAAUAAGAUAAAAGACUGUAGUUUAAAAAAAAGUGUAACCGGGAGAUCGUUUGGAAAGAGGAAAAAGAGUUGCGAUUGAGAUGAGCACUGUGCUGACAGGUUUGCUGACGACUGCCCUUCCACUGCAAAAUGCAGCAUGCAUCAUUCAUGUUCUGGAACCAGCUUCUAUCUGAUGAUGUUACUUCUCUCUGAAAUAGCUGUAUGUUUUGGUUUGGUUUUGUGGUUUGUUUUUUUUUGUAUAACCAAAUGUUGUAAUUACCCUGUGCAUUCAGAUUACGUGUUCUAUACCAAAUGUAUCUUCAGGG